AUGCGCAAGCGCAAGCCUGAUAAUAUCAGAGGCAUCAGUCGCUUGGUCCGCAGCCUUGACGCAACGUUGCAAGACGAGUGUACAGUACUCGUGCUACGGCGCAUUGAGGAGAGUGCAACCAAGGGCGUGACGAAUCUUCACGCUGUGUUGGGGCAGGAGUAUGACUGGCCGUGUUCCGCUGUGGAGCUUCCGCGUUGCCCAGCGCUGCUUGGAAACAUGAGCAAGAUGGCUGGCGCAGCGUCUUUGGCGACCAGUGGCUACUUAUCUCCCCGAUCUUUGCUUGACUACCGAGUCGUGCUGCGCUGCGUUUGGGACCUGCCGGUGGCACGUGUUGGCAACCCGUUUGGCCCAUACAACAAUAUUGUUGAGAACCGCACGCUGUUUCUAUCGCUGGGCGACUCGAUACUCAUGAGUCGAGGGCACCAAUCGCGGCUGCAGCAGUAA